AUGUUGCCCGAAGACCUGCUCUUCAAUGGAGUGAAACAGGUUGGUGAGGAUUUUGACAAGCGCUUUCACCAUGGCUAUGUUGGCAUACCUCGUCUCUGCCAGCCAAUUCUUGACUAUCAGAACAGCACCUUCUUUGGUGGAGACUGCAUUUCCAUGAUCGAUUACCUCCUCUGGCCCUGGUUUGAGAGGCUGGAUGUAUAUGGGAUAUCCGACUGUGUGAACCACACCCCAGCUCUUCAGCUGUGGAUAGCAGCCAUGAAGCAGGACCCCACAGUGUGCUCUCUUCUCAUAGAUAAGACCAUCUUCCAGUGCUUCUUAAAUCUCUAUUUCCAGAACAACCCUGCUGCCUUUGACUUUGGAUUAUGUUGCUGAGCCUCACAGUCUACCCCUUCACCAUCCAGGAUCUCCCAAGCAUGUCGUGGCUCUGCAUCGGGGAUUGUCUGGAGGCUCAAUCAUCUCUGUUCCUUUUCUUUGAGUUUCCCAAUAAAAAUGAAAACA